AUGGCUUUAGCAGAUAAGAGGCUCAAGAACUUGCAGAUCUACAAAGUUCUUCAGUGUGUUCGGAACAAAGACACGAAGCAGAUAGAAAAGCUCAUCAGGCUUGGAUACCCUGAACUAAUCAAUUUCACAGACCCCCUCAAUGGACAUAGUGCUCUGCACUUGGCCUCAGUUUCCAAUGACGUCGACAUGGUCAGCUUUCUCCUUAGCCUUGGUGCCCAUCCUGAUGUGCAAGACAAGAUGGGCUGUACUCCAACAAUGAGGGCUGCAGAACUGGGGCAUGAAUUGUCCAUGGAAAUAUUAGCCAAGGCAAAGGCUGACAUGACUAUAGUUGAUAAUGAAGGAAAAGGUAUUUUGUUUUACUGCAUUUUACCUACUAAGCGGCAUUAUCGUUGUGCAUUGAUUGCCCUGGAAAAUGGCGCAGAUGUCAACAACUCUACCUAUGAAGGAAGACCAAUAUUUCUUAGAGCUUGUGAAGAAGCACAUGAUGUUAAGGACACGUGCCUGACAUUUUUGGAAAAGGGAGCCAAUCCAAAUGCUAUGAACUCAUCCACAGGUCGAACGGCCUUAAUGGAAGCAUCAAGAGAAGGAGUGAUAGAACUAGUUCGAGGUAUUUUGGAAAGAGGAGGUGAAGUGAAUGCCUUUGACAAUGAGAGAAAACAAGCUGCACAUUUUGCUGCCAAAGGAGGCUUUUUUGAUAUAUUGAAGCUUCUCUUUGCUUACAAUGGAGACAUGGGGCUGAUUGCCAUGGAUGGGAACACACCACUUCAUUAUGCUGCCAUGGGUGGUUUUGCCGAUUGCUGUAAAUAUAUAGCUCAGCGAGGAUGUGACCUGAAAUGGAAGAACUUAGAACAUAAAACGCCCAGGACUGUGGCCAAGGAAGGCGGCUUCAAAGCAGCGAGCAAAGAAAUACAGCGGGCAGAGCGGACCGCUAAUAAGCUAGCCCGGCCAGGAGCCAAAAAUCCAAAUCCGCUCUGGGCCCUGAGACUUCACGACUGGUCGCUGGAACAUGAGACUUUCCUUCGGGAAGCCUUUUCGUUUGUGGACAGAGGCGAUGGGACAGUCAGCAAGGAGGACUUCGUGUUGACGCUGGAGGAGAGGCAAGAAUAUGUGACCUCAGAACAGCUGGCUAUGAUAGCUCAAUUUCAUGAAAAAUUGCGGGGAGCUGGGGUCAACAUUAAUGAUUUCUUUAAAGGAACCAGGUACUUGAGUAAGUCUUAUGUCUUGGGGUCCUAUGGGCCUAAGAAAAAGAAAAAAGGGAUGGCCAAAAAGCCAAAGAAAGGCAAAUAUGUCUUACCCCUCCCAAUCUGCAUCAUCCCCGACCACGUGUUUCCCCGCUGGAGUGACGGCGGGCCGCCCUAUUACAUGAUUGAAACCUACAAGAACGUAACAGAUAGCAGUCGGUUUAACCGAGACCGGCCACCGGAACACCCUAUUCAGGAUGACUCUGCUUGGUACAUUGAUGAUCCACCGAAGAUAUUUUCAAAUAUUAAUUUCAUCACCAAGGCAGGAGACCUGGCUUCUCUGAAAAAGGCGUUUGAAUCAGGAACACCUGUGGAUAUGAAGGAUAAUUAUUACAAAACACCGCUGAUGACCGCGUGUGCCACUGGAAACAUAGACGCCGUCAAGUUUCUUCUUGAAAAGGGGGCUAACGUUAAUGCAACAGAUAAUUUCCUGUGGACCCCGCUUCAUUUUGCAUGCCAUGCAGGCCAACAAGACAUUGUUGAGCUUCUUGUUAAAGCCGGAGCGGUGAUAGAUGCACUCUCCAUUAACAACUCCACUCCUUUGAGCAGAGCCAUCGAGAGCUGUAGACUGGAUACCGUGAAGUACCUCCUUGAUAUUGGCGCUAAAUUCCAGCUGGAAGAUAGAAAAGGCCAUACUGCCAUGGAUAUUGCAAAGGCGUAUGCUGACUAUAGAAUAAUUAGUUUGAUUCAAGAAAAGCUGGAUAACCUGCCAAAACAAGCAGAAAAUCAAAAAAUGAAGGGCAAGCCACCUCCUAAAGCGAAGACUGAAGGCCCUGAAGUUAAGAAGGAAGAGGAACCACUUUUAUCUGUUUAUACCAUACCAACUCUAUCAGAGGAAAAGAAAAUGCGUAAGGAUAAUGUGGUUUCUCUCAAUUCAUUGAUUACCAGUGGUUAUACCAAGAAAGUGGAUAUCACAUUUAUUCCACGGAGGCUCUGGAGUCCUGAAGCCACAACAGCAGAACUGAUCAGAAAAAGGGAGCUGAGGCGAGAGAGGUUCACUUACGAGGCGGACUUUGAGGACUUCAUGAUGCCCUUUCAGAAGAACAUCACAGAAAAAGCUAAAGCCUUGGAAGCCGCCUUCAGGAUCUAAAUCACAACAGUUGCUUCUUGGGGUCAACAUUUCGAGGUCCAAAAAGUUGGUAUUUCCAUCAAAGUCAAA